CCUGCACCAGACAAUGCUAGGCUGAAUACGCCCUUACGAUAGAAACACUUGAGCUGUUAAAUAGAGACAGACAGCUUCCUUCAAACUGCAAGCUUUCCGGCCGACACUACCCACACACUUGCGACAAAAUGGUACACAAGACAAGAAUCUACAACUGGUACAUCUGCCUAGUGGCAGCCGGGUGCAUGGUUUUGAUGGGCUAUGAUGCUUCCGUCUUCAACUCCGUACAGAACUCCGAUCAUUGGCAUGCUUACUUUGACAAUCCCGACAGCUACAUGCUUGGCUUGAUGAACACGGUGUACACCGUUGGUGGUAUCAUUACAGGGUGGUUCUUCGCAGGCCCUUUGGCGGAUUACGCGGGUCGCCGCUGGGCAAUGGGAAUUGGCUGCUUCAUUACGAUUAUCGCGACCUUCAUGCAAUGCUUUCCUCCACGCAGUAGCGCAGUCCCAGUUUUCAUGGCUGGCCGUGUCCUUAUUGGAUGUGGACAAGCCCUCGCUAUCGCUGCCGGCCCUAUUUACAUCGGCGAAGUCACACCCUCCUAUAUCCGUGGUGUCGUCAUGGCCUUCUGGCAGAUGUUCUACUCGGUUGGAUCGUUUGUGGCCUAUUGGGUCAACUACGCAGCAGGAAAGCACAAGGCCACGCUCGGCGAGUGGGAUUGGAAAAUGGUCGUCAUCUUCCAGCUCCUGCUUCCGAUCCUCAUUAUCUGCCAGCUGCCCUUCAUGCCUGAGUCGCCUCGCUGGCUAGUCCAGAGAAAGCGCGAUGUGGAAGGCGCUCGAGGGGUUCUCCAGCAGGUCCGUGACAGUGACGAGGAGAUCGACAAUGAAUUAGCUGCGAUCCGCGAAGCCAUUCAAUACGAGCGCGAGGCACUUGAUAGCGGCAAGAGAGCAUACAUGACACUGCUUAAGGAUGCUAGUGUCCGCAAGCGUCUUCUCCUCACCUUUGUGCUGAACAUCGGUCAGCAACUCACCGGCCAAGGGACGUUCAACUCAUACUCAUCGACUAUAUACCAGAAGAUCUGGACCAGCGGCGACACUAUCAACCUAAUUAAUGCACUGAACGCAACAUUCGGCAUCUUAUUCACGCUCAACGCAACAUGGACUGUCGACCGCUUCGGCCGCAAGUUCCUGCUGAUGGUUGGCGCUACCGGUAUGGCCGUGUGCAUGCUCGUCACAGCGCUUGUUGGUCUGGAAACGCCCUCUACACCAGAAGGGGCCAAGACCGAGCCGGUUGGCAUCGCGAUCGUCUUCCUUAUGUUCCUCUUUGCGUUCUUCUACAAGCCGUCCUGGGGCGCAACCGUAUGGAUCUAUACAGCGGAGGUGUUCCCUAUGAAUGUGCGAGCCCAAGCUGUUGGUAUGUGCUCGCAGAUGCAGGGUGUUGCGAACACCAUCUUUCAACAAUUCUUCCCGAUUUUCUAUGAGAGAGAGGGACUAAAAUCAUUCUUCUUCUUCAUGACCUGCAACGUCUUUCUUGCAGUAUUUGUAUGGUUCCUCAUUCCAGAGACGAAGAAAGUGGCUCUUGAGGAGAUGGAUACCCUCUUUGGUGGUACGAGCCAUGUGGAGAAGGGUGCUGCUAUGCUGCACGAACAGAAGCUGGGGCAUGAGGAUAUUGAGCAAGGAAAGGAGGACAAAGAGGAAGUCGAAGUUGUCGCUGCUGGACAGACCCCUCCAAGGUAGCGCCCCCGGAUAUAGAAUCCGGCCACGUAGCUAGUUCAGCACCUCACGCUUAGUUUUCUUUAGCAAUCUCACUCAUUGCUUUGAAGGGAUUCUCAC